AUGGUGAAGUUGUAUAUUGGUAUUGUUGAAUUUGUGUUGGAACCCCCCACAUUGCUUAGAUUCCUGAGCUGCAGCGUUGUCAAUGGCGGUCCAUGGAGGAGAGCCAAAAUCCUGUCAUACCAGCCGCUUUGCGGCACUGUUAUAGCGGAAAAACCCGCAAUAUCGGCUGAUAUUUACCGUUGCUGCGAGUCCCAAAACCGCCAUGUCGUGGAAGUGAAAGUUGGUUUGCACUGUGACGACUGUAUCAAGAAAAUCCUUAAAGCCAUCAAAAAAAUUCAAGAUAUUGAAACGUAUAACGUCGACACAAAGCUGAACAAGGUUAUCGUUACCGGCAACGUCACAACAGAACAAGUUACCAGAGUCCUUCACAAAAUUGGAAAGAAUGCAACUCCCUUUCAAGAAGAUGCAAUUUAG